AUGUAUACAGUCAUACAAGAAGACUUGGAGCAUGUUACGGUGCUGGUGGAAAGCUAUGGCUGGCAACAACACCUGACUCCGUACUUCAGGCCAUUGCCACAGAUCAAGCAGUAUCAGCACUUCAGCUUCGAUGCUCUGGAGUCUGGUGUUGUUGUCGCCAAGGAGCAUUCAGACUCAGUCUUGACCAGGUUUCAGCUGCUGCGCAACACUGACGGCCUUCCUCCCAUAGAUGGGUUGAAGCAGAUCCAUGCUCUCUCCAUCCAGGGCAAUUAUGAGUUGAGGAUUGACCUGGAGGACUUUGACAACAGUACAGCCUACGCCCAGUAUGGAAUGUUUGGAGUUGGCCUGUUCUCUGUUGACCCUGACGAUGAUGGAUACCCACUUACUGUUGGAGAUUACUCUGGAAAUGCAGGCGAUGCUCUGCUGAAGCACAACGGAAUGAAGUUCACCACCAAAGACAAGGACAACGACCACUCGGAGAACAACUGUGCCUCCUUCUACCACGGUGCCUGGUGGUACCGCAACUGCCACACGUCUAACCUGAAUGGACAGUACCUCCGCGGGCAGCACACCUCCUAUGCCGACGGCAUCGAGUGGUCCACCUGGACCGGCUGGCAGUACUCCCUCAAGUUCUCCGAGAUGAAGAUACGGCCCACUCGAGACCAGAGCAAAUGAGAAAAAUGAGGGAAUAAAAGAAGAAAAAGAGAGGAAAGGAAUUUGAAGGAAGAAGGUGCUCAUAAGAAUAAAUAUAAAACCCCACACUCAAAAAGACAGCUAUAGGCUGUAGUUCUUGUUCAGCUAUUGUUUGCUGACGGACUAAAAGGACAUCUUUGAUUGGUAUACUACUACUGUCUACGUUUCUCUGUGGAACCCUCAUCCCUUCCCCCUGCCCCGCCCCGCUUGCUGUGCCCUCUGCUAAUCCCUCGUCGCUCGUUGCGUACUACUGUUGUGCUGAGGUUUUUCGUGCCCCCCACCCCCAUCAUCCUUAUCCUUUAUCACUAUCAUUAGGAGAUUUGUUGCCAAUGUUUUUGAGUGUUUCCCUCCUGACAACGACCACACCGCGACACGAAAUGAAUCUGACUCACUCUUACUUCACAGGAGUUCGGUGGCACCUUAACUGGGGAGAACAGGCUUGUGGUAAUGACUGAAGCAGAGUCAGUGGAACGGUCUCAAAAACCAUGUGUUUGAUGCCAUUUAAUUUGUGCCGUUCCAACCACUACUAUGAGCCGUUCACCCCCCCAGUAGCCUCAACUGUCUUACUUACGUCUCUCUUUCUCGCGUUAUUUACAUCUAGUCAUCAAUCAAUGAUCUGUCUUUUCUAUCUGAGCCUUGACCUUGACCUCUCUCCUGUGACAGUUGCACCCUGUAGCCAGUAGUUCUAUUCCCACAGUCCUUUACUGCGUUGUUUACAGUCAGCGAAGUGUGGCGUUACCGUGUGACCUUUGAACAAGUGGCUGAGUCAGAACAGGAGAUGUGGCUGAGUCAGAACAGGAGAUGUGACAUUACAGUUAGAGAACACACACACACACACAAAAAAAAACUCUGCACCCUGAAGCUUCAGUAUUACCAUGACACAGCAAAACUCAGUCUGUCACCCAAAGGGAUUUGGCUGUAUUGUCCUUCCAGUCAGGAGACAUGCUAAAAUGGCACAACCCACAGUACCUCACCACCCACUGCUUAAGCAUCCCUUUAUUAAAGAUAUACUCUGUGGGAUAACAAGACAAUGGAAUGGGAAUGGUGUAGAGGGAACGGUUGAAAUAGAAGGAGACAGAGCUAGACAUAUCAAACAGAGGGGUGAGAAGGGAAUUACUAAAUGAAAAGGGGAAUAAGAGACAGAGUGAGAAA